AUGGCCGGGGCCACCCCCGCUGCCCCGCUCCGCCUUAAGGCGGGCCUGGCAGCCCCCGCCCUGCCCGCCGCGAUGCUGCCCGCCCGCCGCCGGGGCCGGCUGGGGCUCGCGGACCGCGCCCUGCGGGGCGGCCUCGCCUUCUACGUAGUGUGGGGUCUGCGGGAGCCGCCGCGGCGCCUCGGGAGUCAGUCCAGCAAGAUGGGUUUCCAGGCUUGGCUGCCCCUGCCGUUGCCAAAGCAGCUGGUGGUGUUCAGCCUGGGAGACUGGAGCUGUUACUCUCCAGACACGAGCAUUGCAGUGGACUUGCUGGUGUCCCCAGGCAUUGCACCACAGCACAUUGGCAUGCUGGAGCCCACACGCAGGUCUCUGGUGUGGGAAGAUGACUGGAGAAUGGAUAUUUUCAUGGCCUCAUUGAAAGAGAUGGACAAAGGCAAUCCUGUGAGGCUUGUCCUGACUGUCAAUGGACAGCUGCUCCGAGGUGUCUCCAGCAGUACACCUGUCCACCCCUUCCUUGUCCCAGAGACUACCCAGUCACCAGUGCUUCCAGCAGAUGACAGACCUGUUGGCCAGGACCUGCAGGAUCCAAUUGCGGUUAAGAGCCAGAGCUCAGAGGUAGCUGCUAGAGGAUCCAGGCCUGGGAGGAAGGAUGUCCAUGUGCCACUGAGGGCCUUGGUAGUACCCUAUGCCCUGAAGCCAUCAUCUGGCAAGGUGGAAUCCAGUGAGACUUGGAGGAAGAGUCCUGUCCAAGGACCACCAAGAGUCCAUUCCAAGAGGCCCAGGAAAGUUUUAUUUGAACCCACAGCAUCUGAGAGAGAUCUUGAUGAAGAAGGCUAUCUCUGUGUUCCCUCUGCAGAUCUGGCUGUGAAGGAGUUGCAAGGCAGUCCCAGCCCUCGGUGGUGCCAUGCCAUGUGCCUCAGUGACCUGGGGACAGCUGUUCUGAUUGGUGGAGAAGGUGUCGAUCAGCAGUCCUGCAAGGAUGUGCUCUGGAAGCUGGAAAUUGAGAGUGAUUUGUGGGAGCAACUUCCAGUGGGUUUCCAGCUACAAAACACCAUGUCAUCAUGCUUGCAUGGUCACACAGCUACCUAUGACCCUGACACCAAGCGCAUCUACAUCUUUGGGGGCAUAAGGGAGGACAAAGACUACAGCAGCAUCUACAUUCUGGACACAGUCACCUGGAAAUGGCUCCUCGUGGCUGCCAAAGGGAAGAUACCGGUGCUCACUUACCACAGUGCAACUAUCUACCAAAAGGAGCUCUUUGUUUUUGGAGGAACUUUCCCCAAAAAGGCAUCACUGGCAGUUGGACCCUGCAGCAACAUGCUCUAUGUCUUCAAUCCAGAACAUGAAAUUUGGUAUCAGCCCAUCUCAGAAGGGGAGAAGCCUCUGCCUAGGCUUGGGCAUUCAGCUACUCUACUGAAAAACAAGCUGCUGAUUUUUGGGGGUCGGAGGACUUCUCUCUACCUCAGUGACAUGCACGUUCUGGAUCUGGGUUUCAUGGAGUACACACCAGUCCCUCUCCUUGCAGGACAGCCUUCUGCACGUUGUUUUCAUGCAGCUCUGGCUGUUUCAGACCAGAAGGUUCUGAUCAGUGGAGGCUGCAAUGCCAUGGGAGCCCUGCACGAUGCCUUUGUCUUCUGCCUAGAUACUCUUUCAUGGAGCACAGUGAUCCACCGUGACCUCUGCUCUGUGCCCCGAGCUGGCCACACAUUGCUUAACCUGACUCCCGCCCACCUGAUGGAUGUGGACAAGGAGAACAAAGAGGAGCACAACCUGCAUACGGUGUUGGUCUUUGGGGGCUCCAACUGUGCAGGAACCUUUUACAACAGCACAGUCAAGAUCAAGCUGGACCUAGGAUAAUGCACAAUACUCAGAAUGAGCCUGAACAGCAAGGGCUCUUCACCAGCCUAAAUACAGACAUGGAUGGCAAUAAAUGAAUCCAAGCAAUGUUGCGGUCCAAUUAUCUGUGUGUAGGUGGAUGCUACCUUGGCACAAGAGAUUAGGGGUUUGUAACAUCUUUCUGAAGGCUGUGGGUAUCUUAGGGUAGCUGAUAUACAGUAUCAGACUGGCAGAAGUUCCAUCCCCUAUGGAUGGCUUGGUACCUGGGCUCGGGUGCCAAAAUAUUCAGUGAGAUCUGAUCUAAGCCUGCAC